UUCAUUAGUAAUAUAUGAAUCUGGUUCCAUUCAUGACAGUCUAACUUGUGUGAGCUAUGAUAGUGUACACAGUGUAUCUAUUGUUUUUAUAGGUAUCUUACUAAUCCGUUAUCACUAAUAUGUCACAGAGUGAAUAUCAUUUGUGAAUAUAUCAAUAGACAACGAAUAAGUACAUGUUUUGUAUCUCUGUGGUAUAUCUAAAGUGCAAUCAACAUGGAUGGCACAUCGCCUGGAGAAACUCCACUUAACCGUGGUCUGGACACUCCUGACCACUUGGGUCGUAGCUAUGAGCGUAGCAACUUGUCUAUGCGACGUCGACUGACGUUGGAUGAGAACGAUCAUUUUAGUGGUACUAGGGGACCUACUCAAUAUACCCAGUAUGGUAAGACUCCGAAUGUGAUUCGUCGUAUUCGCGCUGCUCGUAGUGACAUUGGUGACAUGGGUCGUGAGCUUUAUAUGCAGCCUGAAGACAUUCGACGUUUACCAUAUUUAUUGGAUGGUCGUAUUGAGGAGGUACAAAAUCGUUUUAGUGCAUUUUUACGUGAGUUUCGUUUAGAGGAUUACGUUGGUAUUAUUACUCCUACUGACAAUGAUUAUGAGUUGUUGGACAAUCGUGUUAGGUUUGGGUCUCACUGGAAUACUUUGUAUUACGGUUUAAAGAUGAUGCUAUAUAUAGACAGUCAUUUUUCUAACGCAUCUGACUCUAAUGUUAUAUCUUCUACUUUAAAGCGUCGAUUUGAGGUUAAUAUGCUACACAUACAAUCUUUUGAUUGUGUACUUUACACAUUACUGGUUAAGUAUCCUGCUGACUGUGUUGGUGAACUUGACAGGGUCUUGGUAUCGUUUUUUGAUGAGUUGACUACUGAGUAUUUAAGUGAAACCGGGGUUGUUAUAGAUCAAGAUCAGGUACAGUGGACUCCUCGUGUACGUUUAUUUGGGAAACCUGAUCCCGAUUACGCAUCACUUUUAGGUCCUCGUGACAUUGACACCUUGGUGUGUUUAAAGGGCAUUGUCGUUCGUUGUUCCGAUGUGAUACCUGAGAUGACUAUGGCAGCAUUCCGUUGCUUAGGUCAGAUGAAAUCUGGUAUUAACACUUUAGAGCGUUGUACUCAGGAAUCUUAUGACUAUGUAAUUCAGGGUGAGGUUAAUGAGCCUACUUCCUGUGCCAAGUGUAAGAAUCGUAACUGUUUUGAGUUAUGGCACAACAUGUGUUGUUUUGCAAGUAAACAGUUGAUAAAAAUCAUAGAGCUACCUCAAUCAUCAUCUGAGUCACCUCAAUCUGUGAUAGUCUAUGCUUACGAUGACUUGAUUGACAAUGCUACUCCUGGUGACCGUGUUGAGGUUACUGGUAUAUUCAAGACAUCCCCGAUACGUGUUAACCCUCGUAUGCGCACGUGCCAUGCCAUAUAUCGCACAUUUAUCAAUGCAUUGCACAUUCGACUAGAGGAGAGUUCUCGUAAUAAGAUGGCCUGUGUUCCUAGAUCACUGGGUCCCACUGACUCGGGAUUAUCUUUUUCCCAAGAGAUUAUAAAUACAAUCCUCCAUUUAUCCAAGAGCCCGAAUAUCUACGACCUCUUGGUUAAAUCAUUUGCUCCAUCAAUUCAGGGUCAUGAGGAUAUAAAGCGUGGUUUAUUAUGUCAGCUCUUUGGUGCUAGUGUUGACAAGAACUCUCGUAUGCGGUCCCAGAUAAAUGUAUUACUUUGUGGUGACCCAUCAACUUCUAAAUCCCAGAUGCUACGUUACGUCCACAUGUUGGCACCUCGUGGUGUUUACACUAGUGGUAAGGGUAGCAGUCAGGUUGGUCUUACUGCGUACGUUCGUAAGGACGUCGAGACUCACGAAUAUGUCUUGGAGAGUGGUGCUGUUGUUCUAUCUGAUGGUGGUAUUUGCUGCAUUGAUGAAUUCGACAAGAUGGAUGACUUUGCCAAGUCGAUUCUCCAUGAGGUCAUGGAGCAGCAGACCGUUACUAUCGCCAAGGCUGGUAUUGUGGCUACACUCAAUGCACGCACUGCGAUAUUGGCCUCUGCCAAUCCUAUAAAUUCACGUUAUGACAAGAGCAAGGCUGUGGUGGAGAAUAUAAAUCUAGCUCCAUCUCUAUUCAGCCGAUUCGACUUGAUAUAUCUGGUACUAGAUUGCAUUGAGCCCAGUGUUGACAAAGCCAUUGCUAAGAGGUUAUGCAAUUCAUUUGCUGGUACCGAUGACGAGAACCCUCCUAUUGAUGCUGUGACCCUAUCUCGGUACAUUUCAUUUGCUCGUGCACAUUGCAAUCCAUAUCUCACUCCGGAGAGUCGCCAGAUAAUUGUUUCUGAGUACCUCAAACUUCGUGUGAGUGAGGGAUACACCUCUAAGUUACCUUGUGCCACUGCAAGGCAAUUGGAGGGACUUAUUCGUUUAAGCCAGGCAUUGGCUAAGAUGAAGUUAUCUCCCAGGGUCACUGCUUCUGAUGCUCGUGAAGCAGCUCGUUUAAUGAAGGCUACUACAUUCCAAUCCCUGAUCGACCCAAUUAGUGGAAAGAUUGACUUUGAUCAGCUUGCUACUGGUCUAACUGCCGCUGCCUCUAAGCGUAGUGAGCAGCUUUGCGACGAGAUAUUAUCUGCUAUUAGUUUCAUUACCACUGCAGAGCCGUUUGCAACUUUGGAAUCGAUAUAUGAUCGUUGCAAGGGUGCAUAUCGUGCAAGGGGCGAGUACCUUGAGCGUAGGCUGUUAUUGGAUGCUGUGGAUAAGCUAUUGGCGGAUAACAAGAUAGCCCGUCAUUUGAACGGUUACAAGGCUCUUUAGGCCGGACCUAGUGUUG